UAAAAAAAUUUGCUGAUAGUCUUAUGGGGGUUCCAUUAUAGAUAACAAGUUAUUUUUCUUACUGUUUUAAGAUUCUUGCCAUCCCCCUUCCCUCCCCAAAACUCAACAACUGUUAAACAUACUUUAAACGAGUGUUAGUCUAGGGACGCCUAGGUGGCUCCAUCAGUUAAUUGUCUGCCUUUGGGUCUGGUCAUGAUCCCAGAGUCCUGCAUCUGGCUCCCCAUUCUGUGGGGUGUCUGCCUUUCCCUCUGUGCUCUCUCUCUGACUCUGUUUCUCACACAUACACACACACACACACACACACACACACACUCUCUCAAAUAAAUCAAUAAAAUCUUUUAAGGAAAUAAACAAGUGUUAGUCUGGUAAGAAUAUCAUUACAUCAUUAAUUCAGGUAUCAAUUAACUUGUAGUAUAUGAUAAAGUUUUUGGAAUUGGGCUAAACAAUUCUAUAAUGGAGACCUCAAAGAGGGUUUUGUGCUGCAAAAGAAGACAGCUGGAAAAGCACUGAUGUGGGAAUGAAGCCAGAAUGAAUUGAACUCUUGACUGCCAACUAUACAUUGUGUGUCCUUAGACAAGUUACUUAAUUUUUCCAGGCUUUGGUUUUCUGACCUGAAAACAGUAAUAUUCCCUAACUCACAGAAUUAUUUAAACAGUCAAAUGGUAUCACUUGCUGCAAUUUUAGUAGUAUUAACAUCUCCUUUUAUAUGCAGAUCCCAAAUGUCCUAUCUUUUCAGAGUGACCUCUCUUAUUUUAAUUCUUGGGACUACGCAAGGUGCCUUUCUAUAUCGAAGAGCUCAGAACCCUGAAGUGAACAUGAACAUUAGCCAAAUUAUUUCUUAUUGGGGCUACCCAGAGGAAGUGUAUGAUAUUAUAACUGAAGAUGGUUACAUCCUUGGCCUUUAUAGAAUUCCUUAUGGGAAGACAAACAGUGACAGUUCAGCUCAGAGGCUUGUUGUCUACUCGCAACAUGGUUUGUUUACAUGUGCCAGCAGCUGGAUCUCCAAUCUGCCCAACAACAGCCUGGGCUUCAUUCUGGCAGAUGCUGGUUAUGAUGUGUGGAUGGGGAACAGCAGGGGGACCACCUGGUCCAGGAAACACAAGUACCUGAAGACAAAUUCCAAAGAAUUCUGGGCCUUCAGUUUUGACGAGAUGGCAAAAUACGACCUCCCAGCCUCCAUCGACUUCAUCAUGAAACACACGGGACAAGAGGAAAUAUUUUAUAUAGGCCAUUCCCAGGGUACCACUAUUGCUUUCAUAACAUUUUCCACAAUACCACAGAUAGCUGAAAGAAUCAAAAUACUUUUUGCCUUAGCUCCAGUUUUUUCUAUCAAAUACUCAAAGAGCCCUUUAAUUAAAUUGGCAUACAAAUGGAGGUCAGUGUUAAAGGCUUUUCUUGGCAACAAAGACUUCCUACCUAAUACCUCAUUCAAAAGAUUUGUUGGUUCCAAGCUGUGUCCACUGAAGAUUAUUGGUAAGAUUUGCCGUGAUAUCUUGUUUAUGAUAUAUGGAUAUGACCAGAAGAACUUAAAUAUGAGUUGUCUGGAUGUGUAUUUGUCACAUAACCCAGCAGGGACAUCUAUUCAAAAUAUGCUACACUGGAGUCAGGUUUUUCAUUCUAGUCACUUGAGAGCUUUUGAUUGGGGCAGUUCUGUUCUGAACUUGGUUCAUUUUAAUCAGUCCACUUCUCCAUAUUACGACGUGAGGAACAUGAACGUAUCGACAGCGACUUGGAACGGGGGCAAUGACUUGUUGGCUGAUCCUCAAGAUGUGAAGAAUCUACUUUCUGAAAUUACGAACCCUAUUUACCCUAAAACUAUUUCUUGCUACAAUCAUAUAGACUUUUUGUUCGGUUUAGAUGUAUAUCAGCAAGUUUACCGUGAAAUCAUUGACAUUAUCUAAGGCAGUCUAUAAAGAAUUAUAGUAGUCUGUGUUGAAGGAUCCAUUUCAUUUCUC